CCGACAAAGAAGCGUUCAUUAUUGCCCAUAAAGAGUUAAUGGACGCUAGAAAAGCGGAAAAAUAGCUUACAUCACAAAUUCCUAUUGAAAACGUCUGAAGAGUACUCAUCCAUGGAGACGAAGCCGCCGCCGCCGCCAAAUGAGAUCUUAUCGCGGCCUUUGUACAUAUUCGACUUGCCAGAAGAGCUGUUGUAUACACUAACGCUGAAGAAUGCCGCACAUGUUACGAUAGAUACUGCAAAACUACAGCCACAGCUUCCUUUGCAGGACGACGCGGACUUGAAAACAGAAUCGGGCGAACCCACACAAAAGUCAUCGGCUACGAGUUGCAAGCUAUGCAAUCUUCAGUUUCACAACGUGCAAGAGCAAAGAAAUCAUGCGCGAUCCGAUCUCCACAAUUACAACUUGAAACAGCAGCUUCGCGGUCAGCGCACAGUAGGCGAGGACGAGUUCGAAAAGCUGGUAGAAGAACUAGACGAGAGCAUAUCGGGAUCGAAUAGCGAAUCGGAGAGCGAAGAUGAUGCUGCGGCAAGGGAUGACACGCUGACAGCAUUGCUAAGGAAGCAAAUGAAAAUUUCAAGAGAGAUUAUUGGCUCGGAAUCAGAAAAAAGAGCUACAUUGUCUGGCAGCCCGCUUGUGUGGUUUCAAAGCGAAAAGCUGCCUAGCAAUAUAAACCUGGGCAUAUACAAGGCGAUAUUUUCUAAAGAAGAGCAAGAAGACCCUUCAAGUUUUGUGGAGGCGAUCAAAAAGAGGCAAAUUAGACACACAGAGGACAAGAUGAAGUACAGUGUUGGUGCGAGCAACACUGAGAAUGCGCCAGCGAAACCUCCUCAUUAUUUUCUCCUCAUGAUUGGUGGCGGACACUGUGCUGCUAUGGUUGUGUCACUCGCUCCGAAAAUUAUAAGACAAGGACAAGGUAAAAACGAGAGACAGGCGGACGUCCUGGCCCACAAGACAUUUCAUCGCUAUACAACUAGGCGGAAGCAGGGUGGAUCACAAUCAGCUUCAGACGCAGCAAGAGGCGCGGCCCAUUCCGCCGGCUCAUCUUUGCGAAGAUACAAUGAGGCUGCCCUGACUUCGGAGGUGCGCCAGUUGCUGACUACUUGGAAGGAACUAAUAGACUCCGCGGAGCUGCUAUUUAUUCGGGCAACAGGCAAUACAAAUCGUCAAACGCUGUUUGCCGAGCAUGAGGGCCGAGUUUUGAGACACAAUGACCCAAGGAUACGUGGCUUUCCAUUCAGCACAAGAAGGGCAACCCAAUCGGAGCUCAUGCGCGCCUUUGCUGAGCUCACUCGCGUCAAAGUCUCGCUAGUAGAUGAGUCGGCACUUGCAUUAGCCCAGGAGAAAGAGAGGCUGCGACAGGAGGAGCCGAAAGCUGCACCUUCGAGAAGUUCGAAGCCGCAGAAACUGUCCGAAGAAGAAGAAACUGACGCUUUCCACACGAGUCAGAUCCAAUCGCUCAUAAGGCGGUCGAAGGCACCAGCACUUCUAAACUACUUGAAGUCGAAUAAUCUAAAUGGAGACUUUACCUUUUUCCCAGAAUCAGCAAAUUAUCAUGCUCCGACUCCACUCCACCUGGCCGCAUCACUAUCAUCUCCCGCGCUAGUCACCGCACUUCUGCUCAAAGCUAAGACAGAUCCUACAAGGCUGAAUGGAGACGGCAAAACUGCAUAUGAGAUCGCUGGCGAUCGAGCAACGCGGGACGCGUUUCGGUCGGCACGCCACACUUUGGGCGACGUUGCGUUAGACUGGGUCGCUGCGAAAGUUCCAUCUGCUCUGUCGCCAGACGAACUGUCCCGGCGCGCAGAACAGGAAAGGAAAGAAAGGGCAGCUGUUGACGCCAAGGAAGCACUGCGGCGUAAACAGGAACUUGAGAGGCUUGAGAGAGAAGCUGAAGCCGCUGAUGCCGCCAAGAGGGAACAGAAAUUUGGAAAAGGGAAGACCCUAGCAGGGAUGGAAAAGACUGGUGCAGAUAAGCGCGAAGAGGAGUCAAGGGGUAUGACGCCCGAGAUGCGAAUGAGGCUUGAAAGAGAGAAACGGGCUAGGGCGGCUGAGGAGAGGAUGAGAAGGCUACAAGGUGGAACUUAAGCAUUGACCAGACCGUCAAUUAAUUUAAU